AUGACAGAGGCCCAAGCAGAAGUGAGGAAGGUCUUUGGAAACAAAGGAUACGUAGAAGAAUCAGAAUUGCCCAAGUUGAAAUACAUAGAUGCUGUGAUCAAAGAAAUCUUGAGGCUUCACCCACCUCUUCCAUUACUGGUUCCAAGGGAAAAUUUUGAAACAUGGAUUAUUGUCAAUGCUUGGGCACUCGGAAGAGAUCGCAAGUAUUGGAACGAAGCGGAAAAGUUUCAAUCCCAAAGAUUCCUUGAUCCCUCAACGGACUACAAUUUUAAGGGUACGAACUAUCAGUAUAUCUCAUUCGGGUCAGGAAGAAGGAUAUGUCCUGGAUCUUCAUUUGGUUAUGCUGUUGUCGAUUUGGCUAUCGCCAAAUUGCUUUACCAUUUUGAUUGGAAGCUUCCUGAUGGGGGGAAGCAUGAGGAUUUGGACAUGGAGGAAACCUCUGGUAACGCUGCCUCGAGAAAAAACCAUCUAUGUGUGGUUCCCACAGUCGUCUAUCACCCUUAG